UGGUAAGACUGCAUCUUACAUACUUCGGACAUGUUGUUCUGAGGGAUCAGUCCCUGGAGAAGAGCAUCAUGCUUGCCAGAGUACAGGGUCACCGGAAGAGAGGAAGAUCCUCAACGAGGUGUAUCGACACAGUGGCUGCAACAAUGAGCUCAAGCAUAACAAGGAUUGUAAGGAUGGCACAGGACCGGGCAGUGUUUCUUUCUGUUGUACAUAGAGUCGCUAUGAGUCGGAACUGACUCGACAGUGCAUAACAACAACAGAACAAUAGGGUAAACAAUCUUCUUUUAUACGGUAUCGAUGGAAAAUUAAUUAGCUCUGGAAAGUUUGUGCUUUAUCCCAAAGUGAGGUGGUUAUUGGCUGAAGUUGGAAACAAAAAGAAAAGACUCUUAAGAGGGGCAUUCAGCAGUAUUGGUUGGAAUCAAGGCUUUGAGUUAUGUUCAGGUUUUUUGUGGAAGGCAUAGAGUCAUGGGAUAGAUGAGGCUACUAAGACUGGAACCAAAUGAGACAAGGUGUGUCAUUCUGCUUUGAGAGUCAGAAUAUAAUUCUAAUAUUCCUUUUUUCUCAUCUUUAUUCCUACAGAUUAUAUUUUUCAAGAAAUGACAACUUCCAAUGUUUCUUCAGUGACUGAGUUUAUCCUUGAAGGGUUAACAAAUCUCCCAGAGCUCCAACUGCCGCUUUUCCUCUUGUUCCUUGGAAUAUAUGUGGUCACAGUGGUGGCAAACCUGGGCAUGAUCAUUUUAAUUGCUAUCAGUUCUCAACUUCACUCUCCAAUGUAUUAUUUUCUCAGUCAUUUGUCAUUCAUUGAUCUCUGUUACUCCUCUGUCAUUACCCCUAAGAUGCUAGUGAACUUCGUGUCAGAAAAGAAUGUCAUCUCCUUUCUGGAGUGCAUGGCUCAGCUUUAUUUUUUCCUUAGUUUUGCAGUUGCAGAAGGCUACCUUCUGACAGCCAUGGCAUAUGACCGCUAUGUUGCUAUCUGUAGCCCACUGCUUUACAAUACCAUCAUGUCCCAUAGGGUCUGUUCCAUAAUGAUGGGCGUGGUAUAUUCGCUGGGUUUGUUUGUGGCCACAGUCCAUACCAUGCACGUGUCAAUAUUGUCCUUCUGUGGGUCUCGUAUUGUCAGCCACUAUUUUUGUGAUAUUAUCCCUUUGUUGACUCUCUCUUGCUCCAGUACCCACAUCGAUGAGAUUCUGCUAUUUAUUAUUGGAGGCAUUAAUGCCUUAGCACCUACCCUGGCAAUUCUCAUCUCUUAUGCUUUCAUUCUUUCCAGUAUCCCUCGUAUUUGCUCCACUGAAGGCCAGUCCAAAGCCUUUGUCACUUGCAGCUCCCAUCUCAUCGCAGUGGGAAUAUUUUUUGGGUCUAUAACAUUCAUGUAUUUCAAGCCUCCUUCUAGCAAUACUAUGGAACAGGAGAAAGUAUCCUCAGUAUUUUACACCACAGUGAUUCCCAUGUUGAAUCCCUUGAUCUAUAGCCUGAGGAACAAGGAUGUAAAGAGCGCACUGAGGAAGGUGGUUGGGGGCAGGUAGUCAUCCUCACAAUGGGGGUUCUCAUAGAGAACAAGAGAAAAGGAGCCAGAAGAAAAGUUGCCAUGAGAUCUGUGUGAUUUUCUUUCUCUUCCAAAGGAAUUCAUAGCUAUUUAUGAAAUACCUAUUUUUACUUAAGAAUUAUUCAGAUAUUAUUGGAGAUAAUUAGUAAGAACAUCUGAAAGUCCAUAUAAUCUUAAAGUAUUCUAUGUACUAGAGCAAUAGGGUUUUACAGGAAGGGAAGGACAAAUAAAGAAGAAUGUAUUGUGUAUAAUGUAUAUUAAUUUUGAACCUGUACAGAGAACUAGGUAUUGAGUUGAGUUGUGUUUGAGAAGGGAUGGUGUUAAUUGGCCUGAAAUUCUUGCAUGCCUUUAAACUUUUUGAGGGGAGGAACCCUUUUCAGUUCCAAAGCCUUCUGAUAUUUAAAUGGAGCUGUGAAAGGUGUAGCCCUUACAAUGAAAAAUAACUUGUAGGUGGAUUUUGGUGCAUAUGUGUUUCUGGGA